AUGUCGUUGACCAACUACCUCCUCUCGCCGUAUACGCUUCUGCUCGUCCCGGUCCUUUACUACAUCCUCCCAUACAUCCGCAACUGGCAGAUUCGCAACAUCCCAGCGCCGUUCCCCGCCGCGUUCACCAACUUAUGGCUGGCUGCUCAGUGCCGCCAGGGCAAGCGCUUCCUCUCAGUCCACGCUGCGCACGCCAAGUACGGAAAGCUGGUUCGCAUUCAGCCACACCAUGUUAGUAUCGCCGACGCCGACGCUAUACCGCUUAUCUACGGUCACGGCAAUGGGUUCCUCAAGAGCGAGUACUACGACGCUUUCGUGAGCAUUCGUCGAGGACUAUUCAACACGCGAGACCGUGAGGAACACACGAGGAAGAGGAAGACCGUGAGCCACACCUUUUCGGCAAAGAGUGUUGGACAGUUUGAGCAGUACAUCCAUCAUAACUUGGAGGAGUUGCAAAAGCAAUGGGAUGUCAGGGCGGAUCAGAAGAAGGACGACUGGUAUCAAAUGGAUGCUUUGCAUUGGUUCAAUUACCUCGCCUUCGACGUAAUCGGCGAUCUCGCUUUCGGAGCCCCCUUCGGAAUGUUGGAAAAAGGCCAGGACUUCGCUGAAGUAACCCAACUCGACGGCACAACUACUCACGCACCUGCUAUCGAAGUUCUGAACCGCCGCGGCGAGGUGUCAGGUACAAUCGGAUGUUAUCCUUACAUCAAACCGUACGCGAAAUACCUCCCCGAUCCAUUCUUCAGCCAGGGCAUGAAAGCAAUCCAGGACCUCGCUGGUAUCGCUAUCGCACGUGUGAACGCACGUUUGGAUAAGCCGUCUGACCGCGUGGAUCUACUAGCGCGAUUGAUGGAGGGAAGAGACGAGAGCGGACAAAAGCUAGGCAAGGAGGAACUCACUGCUGAAGCAUUAACGCAACUCAUCGCCGGGUCGGACACGACUUCGAAUACUUCUUGUGCAUUGUUGUACCACUGCCUAACGCACCCGGAAGUCGUCACAAAAUUACAACAAGAAUUGGACAAAGCGCUACCAGAUAUCGAUGCUGUACCGACAUUCGCCGCUGUCCGCGACCUCCCAUAUCUCGAGGCUGUCAUCAAGGAGGCGAUGAGGAUCCACAGCACCUCUUCGCUCGGUCUGCCUAGGAUCAUCCCACCCGGUCCCGGUAUUACUGUGUGCGGUCACCACUUUCCACAAGGCACAGUCUUGUCCGUCCCGGCGUACACGAUCCAUCACAGCAAGGAGAUCUGGGGACCGGAUGCGGACGAGUUCAGGCCCGAGCGCUGGGAGAAGGCCACGGAGCAGCAGAAAGCCGCGUUUGUUCCGUUCAGCUAUGGACCCAGAGCAUGUGUGGGCAGGAACGUGGCGGAGAUGGAAUUAGCGCUCAUUGUAAGCACGGUAUUUAGGCGGUAUGAGUUUGAGCUCAGGCAGGGUGAAUUGGAGACGAGGGAGGGCUUUUUGAGGAAGCCGUUGGCCCUAGAGGUGGGUAUGAGGAAGAGGAGCGAGGCCAGGAAGUAA